GAUUUCUUGAUUACCGCCUUCCUGUGCCUGAACGUCAUUUUUAUGGGCUUUGAACUCCAGUUCUCCGGAUCCGUCACAGGGGUCCAGAUAGAGUUCUUCAAGCACCUCCUGAUUCCCGAGAGCUGGUGGCCCAGCAUGGAGACCUUCUUCGUGGUGGGGGAUCAGAUGUUUACGGCCCUCUUCACCCUUGACGUGGGCAUCCGGAUCUUGGUGCUGAGGCUCAAGUUCUGGACGAACUGUAUGAACUACAUUGACGUCCUGGUGACCCUCGCUUCCCUAGUGGAGCACAUCAUCACGGCCAUGACGCCCGUAAACCCUACGCUCUUUCGGCUGCUCCGUAUCGGCAAGCUCGCUCGUGCACUCCGCCUGGUGACGAUGUCCAACACGUUGGCCUCCCUGGAGCUCCUGACGAAGUGCCUGCAGUCCAGUGUGGACAUGCUUUUCUGGUCUUUCUGCUUGCUGACGUGCAUCCAGUGUGUUGCUGGAAUGGUCGUGAGUGCCCUUUGCCGCAGCUUCAUCGAGGACCCCUUACAGAACAUCGACGUGAGGCAAGAAGUGUUCAGGUACUAUGGCACCUUCACUCGCACCUUCCUUUCCAU